AUGCUGGAGGUCAGCCACCAUGAAGCGGUUAGUGCUCUACGCAGUGCUGGAAACUGUGUUAAGAUGAAGAUCCUCCGGGAAAGACCUGCACCACCACCAGAAAGUCGAGCACUCAGGGAGCUUGACGUCAGUGACAAGGAGUCCCUGAUAAUCAGCCGCCUGGGGAAUGACGCCUGCCAGGACUUCAUGAGGGACCGCAGCCCUUUGGCAACCAGGAUCGAAGCUGUGAUCUGCAAUGGCAAAGAGCUUAUACCUCGUAUUAUUCUGACUCACCCCUCUACCUCGGAUGAAGAUGUGGAGCCCCUGAACCAUGACGCGGAUGCUGGGGACAUUGAUGACCCUGAUGAUCACAUCUAUUCAGAUCUGAGCAGUGCUUUCUAUCCAGCGUGA